GGCUAUAUGGCCACUGUCGUCCUUGCUUUUAUUGCAGUGUCACUAUUAUGCACAACCAAGGCUGCUGUAUCCAUAGGGCCAAUGGGACAUCUGCCCAGGGCCCACUGAAUAUUUUGCAAGCCGACAUCUCUACCGUGGCCCUUUCCCGCUGACCUUCACAAAGGCCUAUGGAACACACAGCCAUCUUGGAUUUCCCAGCAGUGUACAGAGCAGACAGGACUUUUUUUCAGUAAUCUUACUGGCAUGUAUGGAGCUAAUGGAGUGUUUAAUAGACAUUUUCAGCUACUUUUUUCAGUGAUCUUACUGACGUAUCUGGGAUUGAUGGAUUGCGUAUUUGCCAUUUCUACAGCGAAUAUACUGACACAGCAGGGGUUAAUAUACUGAUUACCCAUUGUCUGUAGUAUUGUGCAAGCACAUCUGGCUAAUUAUGCUGAUCAUUUAUAUUCUGUAGUGGUUAUACUGUCAUGCCUGGGGUUAAUUUGCCCAUUAUCCAUUUUACUUAGGGAUCAAAUAUUAGGGAUUAAUAUCCACAUUAUUCAUUUUGUAUAGUAAUUAUACUGGUUUAUCUGGGUUGUGUUGGUACUGAGUAUUGUAUUUAGGGGUGUGGCCAAAAGUGAGAGUGGGUUUGAAAACAUUUUUUGCAGAAUAAUGGGGCCCACCAAGUGCCUCUUUGCCCAGGGCCCACCAAGGCCUUAAAAUGGCCCAGUGCACAACGUCUGUGGGAUAUAUGUGCCCCAUUGUCAUGGCACCAGCCCUAUGCUUGAGAGUUGUAGUUUAAGAAUGAAGCAGAUGAUUUUGAGUGCAGAUUAAUGGAAGUGAGGGUCUGGGACAGAGUAUCCAUUCACUUUCAGUCGCCUUAUCUAUCCGCGUUGAGUGUAUUAUAUACAGCUAUACUCGGAGCACCCCCUCACACGGGAUAUUAACUGGUUGUUAGAUGACGUAGGAAGUUGUACUUCACAAAUACUUUGGGGCAGCACAUUGGGAAGCCAUGUUAAACUAGAGUGUCCUCUACAGUCGUUUAGGAUGGGACCAAUUACGAUUUUUUGUAGCCCCGCCCCUUCGCAUUCAACUGGUACUUCGAAUGGUCCCAAAUACUGCCCCUCCCCAUUUGCAGCCCCCAAAUCCAGUUGUCGCUGCUGUCUGUCUGUCACGCUGUUCUCUACGGGCCGCCAGUCCCACACAGCAAGUUAUGUAACAUGGGGAUCCCGCUUUCCCUUAUUAAUCCGAAUGAAUGGGCAUGGGAAGUUGCAGUAAAAGCCUCCCUAUUCUACAUGUCCUCGUCCAUCCCAAGAGGGGCUGAGCUGCGGGUGUAGUCAGGCCAGAACUUUAGGCUCCUGUCAUUCUAUAGAGUGGCGACAAAGUGCGAGUCUUAGUGAAUCCCGGGCAGAAAGAGACAGCAGACGGCAGUUGGCUGCGCGCUGGAGAUUAGACAGUCUCAUUAACCUUGUGUGGAGGGCGAGGCUCUGACUGUCUACUGACGUCUCUCCUCCCCUCACUGGGCUUGUCUUGCCCUGCCCGGACUGCAGAGAUCCGGAGAGACAGCAGCAAGAGGGAAAGAGACAGCCCAUGUGGCGAAACGAGCCCUAACUUCAAACGGGAGAGAGAUAAGGAACUAUCGGAGAGAGGGGAAGUGAAUACAGGAGGAGUCCCAAGCGGGCGAGAAGAGACAGAUAAGGAUGGGGAGGAGGGGGCCUUCUUGUGGGAUGUGGGCGCCUACCCCCUCCUCAGAUAGAGGGACAGAACAUGUAUAGUCCUUAGGAGACAAGGAAAGAGCAAGAAGACUGCUGUCCCCGGGAGCCUUGUUGUCCCACAGCCCUGGAGCAGACACAGAAUCAUAGCCUGCUUCAGACAGGAGCCAGUGUCCAAGUUGCCAUGUACAUGUGUGUGCUCUCCAUGAUACCCCAGUUACUACUCCAGGCGCACAUUGUGUUAGUUAGUGGCACAGGAGGAAGACUUUCCAGCGAGUAAUAACCCAGUGAUGCCAAAGUGCAACUUCAAUACGACUGGCAGGGAAGGGGAAUGAACAAAUAUGGCGGCUCAAAGCCAAAUUCAGUCAUCUGCUUCCAAAAGUAUCCGGCCUUUCCGCUCCAGCGAGGAAUACCUGGAGGCAAUGAAAGAGGAUCUGACAGACUGGCUAAAUAUGUUGUAUGACCUAGACAUUGAGGCUGGCACAUUCUUGGAAUCACUCGAGACAGGCUACAUUCUAUGCCAGCAUGCCAAUAAUCUCAACCAUCUAGCAAGAGACUUCCAGCAGCAACAUCCUGAAGUUGCUUCUGGCAUGAGGUUGCCCCAAAAAGAGGUGAUAUUUCAGGUUAAGGGAGCAGUGCCAGGCUCUUUUGUGGCAAGAGACAAUGUAUCUAACUUUAUUGCUUGGUGCAGGCAGGAACUUGGCAUACCAGAGGUGCUCAUGUUUGAAACAAAUGACUUAGUACUACGGAAGGGGGAAAAGAGCUUUGUACUCUGCCUGUUGGAAGUGGCCCGCAGAGGGGCACGGCUGGGCAUGCCUGCACCCACCCUUGUUCAGAUGGAGGAAGAAAUAGAGGAGGAGCUUAGAUGUGGAAAGACAGGCAAUGAGCAAGGACGAUACCCACCAACGCCAUUGGUUGCACGACCUGUUCGUACCCUGUGUGAUCUUAAAAACCUGGAUGAACUGGUCCGUGAGAUUUUAGGCUGCUGUAGAUGUCCCUCUCAGUUUCCAAUGGUCAAAGUGUCAGAAGGAAAAUACCAAGUUGGAGACAGCAACACUCUCAUAUUUGUGCGAGUGCUACGCAGUCACGUGAUGGUGCGAGUUGGAGGAGGUUGGGACACCCUUGAACAUUAUUUGGACAAGCAUGACCCAUGCAGAUGUCAGUCAGUCUCCCAUCGCAUGGGGGCGUCCCGUCCCUCUACCUUUUCUCCACAGCGAGGUUCUAGCUUUACCCCACUGAGAAACUCAAGUCCAUCUCUGGGUCGCAGGUCUGAGGGAGUCCCCAGAAAUCUUUUACAGCAAGACAGUGUUCCCUUAAAAGGAACCUCCUCCCGUUCCACCCCAGCACCCCUAACCAGUCUUCGAGGCAACACACCCAGGGUCCCAGCCCCACAAAAGGAACACCCAGGACUUCAGGGCAUUAACUCUUUCAGGCCUCCUCGCUCUCGCCGUUACUCUGGUGACAGUGACUCUUCUGCCUCCUCUGUUCAGAGUGCCCCUGCAGGCAGAAAAUCAGGUGAAACCAUGAGAACUGGACCACGUGCCUCUGUAACUAGGAGCCAGUCUCAGGACCGAGGGCCACUGCUCAGACGAACACCAGCCUCCCAGCAUCCCAUUACAAACCGUGGCAGAUCCCAGGGUCCAUCUGCCGCUGCUGAUCCUGUCAGAAGAGCAAGAAGUCAAGGGCCAUCUAUUAGCAAGAAGUCAGUUUUACUUAUUACACGUGACAAAGAUGGGCAGCACUCAUGGUCAAGCCCUGCCACGACAAAGCCUCCAAACCCUCGUACCAAGACAGAGCCCCGUAACUCUCAGCCAUAUAAACAGAUGCGGAACAAGCCUGAACCUUUAGACAUAUGCAAGGAACAACAGAUUUACCGGAGCCUGGAGAGGGAGUUUAUGGAAAACUCGCGGCUCCUGGAGACCACUGAUCAUUGUGGAGCAGCACAAGGAUCUUGUUUGUUACCAAACUCUCCUUCUUGUGAGCCAGUCAUUGACUCUGCUUACUGCUCGUCCAGCUCUUCUUCCUCUUCACUAAACUUUUAUAUCACUGGUGGAGGUGGAGGUGGAGGUAGGGAACAGGUGCCAGAUGGACCCUCAGCAACACUUCCUUCAACUUCCUGGAGGCGACUUCCAGCUCUUUCUAGUUCUUCAGAUGAUAGCUCCUGCCCCCAAGGCCCUGAUGACGCAGAAGAGACAGCUGAGAAUGAAGAGCCAUGUAGUGGCUCUGUUCUUGGGACAGACAUAGAAGGAGUAACGCUAAGACAAAAAAAAAACUUAAAACGCCCAGAUAGGGUACCAUCAAUCUACAAACUAAAGUUGCGCCCUAAGGUCCGGCCUCGGGCUGACAAUCAGCCAGAUAAGUUACCCUCCCGCAUUCCAACCCCACUAAGUUAUAGAACAGCUGAAUCCUCACCUAAAUCUUCUCCUAUACACCGCCCUUGGAGAGUGAUGCAAGCUGUCUUCUUCUCUGAUCAGUCAGGAGGACAGAGAGAGCAGACACUUGAGUGAGACACUGGCUCAGGAUAUAACAGCACCACGGAAUAUAUUUCUCAGUUGUUGAGCUUUUCAGUUUUCCAUUUUCUAUGGGUUCCUGUCAUUAUUGGUUUAUAGUGUUGCAAGGAAUUUGCCCCUGAUAACAAGCAUGCUACAUUACGCACAUAAAAUGCCCAGACAUGGGGUUAAGGAUUUCUCAGCAACAUCUGUAUAUGCCCUGCAACACAGCAUGUUAACUAGAUAAGUGGGAGAAGCAUGUGGAAGAAAAAUCAUACGCUACUGCAAUAUUUUGUUAAGACAUUCACUGUAGUUGAGUAUAGUAACCCUUAGUGUUUUAAAGUAGGGAGCUUUAUUAUGUUUCCAAAAGACAACGGAGUGGCACUUUAGGGAUAACAACCCCAAGUAAAAGUAGCAAUGAAUUGUUUUAGUGUUGCCUUUAGAGUAAGCAUCUUGUGCUCUAAGAGAUUUUAGUACCUGACACAGUCAGAGAGUAGACUUAUAUGCAACCCCUUACUGCCAGAGAGACAGCAAAGUAACGGCUUCUAGUUGGAAUCUCAUUGCACUAUUGGAAUUUAAGUUGGACCCUCAGCUUCCAUUCCAAACAGCUCCAGGUUUUGGGAUCUCAUAACUGGAUCAUUACAACAGCUGCAUCUUUGUCUUUAAGGGUGACUUUGUAAUUGUGCUCAAUUCCCUCGUGCUCAUGUAAAGAGAGUCUAAAAAAUUGCACUAAAGGGAAUCUAGGGUUCAGAACAGCCACACUUCUCACUUCAUGGAGUUAUCAACAUUACUGGUAAGAGACAAUGCUGUUGUUGACUGUACAUUUAUCACUUGUACUACAAAUGUUCUGCCUGCUGAAAAAUGACAGAUGCGUCAGUAAGCAAUGGCUAACCUGUAGUCUUCCAGCAGCAGAUGCGUUGGAGGCUUCAGGGAUUUGUAGUUUAGUAACAGCUAAAUAAUUCCACAUUGUUGCUACAGUAGGAUCCCUACCCCUAUUCUGUUCCACAAGCCUUGUUAGAAAAGUGUCUUUUAACUUGAUAAAAGCAGGAUACUUUAGCACUUACUUGAGAUGUUUAUCACCACUUAGUGCAUUUCUUUCCCAUUUAUCCUCAGGGUUUGCUUUUUUCUAGUAAGAUAAUGUGUGGCUAUCCCUUACUGUAUUGGAUAUAACAGCCACGUGUUCUGGCUGAAUGUUCAAAGUUUAUGCUGUCUUUAUUCUAAUCCUAAAAAACAGCUUUGGUAGAAGUGAAAGAGUAUUUUUGCUGUCUCUUGUUUUAUAAUUUAUAUUAAUGUACAAAGUGUUCACAUUACACUACAAAUUAUUAUGCAAACUUGUUAGGUUCUAGGCCUUGAGUUGUGUGCUGGAUAUGGCAGCUCCCAUCAGCCACAGUCAGACUGUACUAAAGUCAUAUUGUUUAUGUAACUGCAGGUUUGCCAGUCUCUUUAUCAGUGUAGCCUGUCUGUGUUGUGGCUAUGGUAAACUGUAUAAUUGAUUUUUUAGUUUGUUUUAAUAUUAUGAGUUAUUUUUGUGGGUACAGAAGAAAUUAGAUACUGCUCUAUUCUGGAAGGGGCGUUUGUGUGUGUGCAGAGUAUUUUUGCUUGUGCUUGGGUAAAUGGAUUGCAGGACCCACUACAACAGCUAUAGGCAGACCGAGGCCAUCUGGAUAUUGCUCAGCUACAACUCGUAUCAGCCAUAGCCUGUGGUUCAGCAAUAUCUGGAGCUUGAAAAAGUUUACCUAGGCCUGCAACAUGAACACUAUAGUGCAAUGAUAUGAAUUCUUUGGGGCAUAUUUAUAACGGUCUGUAAAAUAUUGAAAAAUAUGUAAAAUAUUGAUGGUGGAAUACACCACACAUCUUUCUGUAUUUUGGAUCUUCUACCCUUAAAGAGAUACUGACACAAGAAAUUAAACUCUUCUUUACAGCUAUCAUAA